AAAGUUAGAGCACCCAACUAAAGUGCGUAAAAUUUGGGUAGGCCCACGCAAAAAACGUUGACACCUUAAUUACCCUCAAUUUGCCUUUCACCAAAACAAAUAAAUAAAUAAAUUAAGCUUGCUUUGGAUUAAGCCCAUAGUUGGGAUUAAUGGAUAUGAUCCAAGUAUUUACGUAAUGUGGAAUCCAUAUAAAGUCAGUAUGCACAGCGAAUAAGAGACAGUUGUUGAUUGUCUUUUGAGAAAUACAUUUAUCACAUUUUUAAAAAAUGUUUGGGCUAAGAGUGAUUUUAGCAUCGACUAUAAUCUUAUUCGGGAUUAUCCAUGGAGAGUGUGCUGCAGUAAAACAAAGCAUUGAGUUACCAUCAACAGAUGAUGUAUUAAAAAAAUCACUUAUUGAAGCUCAAUCGAUUGGGAGAAUUGUAAACCGCAUUAAUCACAAAGUAAUUGAUCAGAACACAGUGCCACCAGCAAGUUAUAUAGGCGAUAUUACUCGCACAUCGAACGUUGACCAGGGAUAUCCCUGUCCUCCUCCAUCUGAUAUACCUCAAAUUAAUAGCUUUCAAGAAUCUAAAAUCAAUGAAAACCCAUCAGUGGCGGAGUUCGGAUCGUACAUAAAGACUCAAUCAACACAUUCUACUGAUUUUCAAUUGCAAAUUCCGAGCCCACAACCAACUCAGCACAUUCAUUACCAUUAUAUCGUUCCCAAUACUUCUCCAAAGCCGAUAAUAAAUUAUGUAUAUCAUUCUGACUCCAACGCCUACAAUGUAAAUUCGGAAAACCAACAAUAUUCGUCUGUUGUCUCACAGCCAUCCCAUAUCAAUGGAAAUAAUCUACAUUAUAUCAAUCAAGAUAAGCCCCAAGUCAACCCAUUGUAUUCAGCUGUGGACAACAGUGGAUACCUUUACGAUUCCCCGGACGAACACCAGGGUCAAGCUUCUGAAAACACAUCGGUUUACGAAGCGUUAAGCGAACCAGGUGAAGUUUUGAAAGAGCAAGAUCCUAUACUGAAAACCAAUAUUCCGGAAGUACCACAAACCCAGCAUGUGCAAGCUGCAGUAAACCCAAAAAAACCGGAAGUGUACUUUAUUAUCACCACAACCCGUUCUCCUGAUUCACAGAAAUUAAACGAAUCCGUAAAUGAGAUUUCAGACGGCAGUGGCUUAAUAGAUAUUAGGGCAGGUAUUAAUGAAAUUUUGGAUAGUCAAGUAGAGGAUGCCAAGCCCUAUAACGAACAUUCAGCCUACAACGUUCCGCUGAAUUAA